AAUCAUUUUUGUAUUUCCAACCCUCUCUUUCUCAUGCAAGCUCCUCCAUUCUCUAUUUAUAUCUCCACUUCCCCCCUUCAUCCUCUACCACAACACCAAACUUUUCCUCUUCUUCUCUUCCUCUUCAACACAGCUAGUCAUAACCCUCCUCUCUCUCUCUCUCUCUCUUCAAAAUGGCUCUAAACCACCCUCUUUCAACCUACUUCAUACUACUGCUGAUAACCAUAACCCGUUUGAUAUCCAUUGUAGGUAAAACCGAGCAGUGGAAGAAAGCUCCUAUUCUACAAGAGCUUGACAUUGACAAUAUAUCCCUUAAGUUCCACGACGACCCUGAAACCAUUCAAAUAGCUUCUAGGGACUAUGGCAACAUCGUGCAUGAAUUCCCAAGAUCUGUGUUUCGUCCAUCUUCCAUAGACGACAUAGUCACCUUGAUAAAAUCCUCAUACAAUAGCCCUUCCCCUUUUCACAUAGCUGCGAGGGGCCAAGGCCACUCCACCAAUGGACAAGCCAUGGCUCGUGAAGGGGUCGUGGUUGACAUGGCCACCCUCAGAAAACAAAGAAAUGGGGUUGCCAUUAAUGUCUCUAAGGACCCUUUGAUUGGCCACUAUGCUGAUGUUGGAGGGGAACAACUUUGGAUUGAUGUGCUACAUUCCACGCUUGAACAUGGACUUGCACCAGUUUCUUGGACUGAUUAUUUGUACUUGACCGUGGGAGGGACACUUUCCAAUGCUGGGAUUAGUGGCCAGAGUUUCCGUUAUGGUCCUCAAAUCAGCAACGUUCACGAAAUGGAUGUCAUCACUGGAAAAGGAGAGUUCGUAACAUGCUCUUGGCAGAAGAACUUGGAGUUAUUCCACGCGGUUCUUGGUGGCUUAGGACAAUUUGGAGUUAUAGCAAGAGCGAGAAUUGCUCUCGAGCCAGCCCCCAAAAGGGUUAAGUGGGUCAGGCUACUUUAUAGUGACUUUUCUGCUUUUACCAAAGACCAGGAACGAUUAAUCUCAAUCAAUGGAAGGAAACAAAAGACUGCAUUGGAUUUUCUGGAAGGGAUUCUGCUAAUGAACCAAGGCCCCAUAAAUAAUUGGAGAUCCUCUUUCUUCCCUAUAUCUGACCAUCCUAGAAUAGCUUCUUUAAUCACUCAACACAGCAUCAUCUAUUGCCUUGAAGUGGCUAAAUAUUAUGAUGACCAAACCGAGAAAAAUGUGGACAAGGAAAUUAAAGUUUUGCUCCAAGGACUGGUCUAUAUCCCUGGAUUUUAUUAUGAGAAAAAUGUCUCAUACGUUGAGUUCCUGAAUAGAGUCCGAAGUGGAGAGUUGAAGCUUCAGUCACAAGGACUAUGGGAUGUUCCUCACCCAUGGCUUAACUUUUUUAUACCAAAAUCACAAAUCUUGGAUUUUGAUUCAGGAGUGUUCAGAGAUAUAGUUCUUAAAAGAAACAUCUCCUCUGGACCAGUCUUGGUUUACCCCAUGAAUAGAAACAAGUGGGACGAUAGGAUGUCAGCAUCUAUACCAGAAGAGGAUGUGUUCUACACAGUUGGCUUUUUGCACUCAAGUGGGUUUGAUAAUUGGAAGGAAUAUGAUGCUCAAAACAGAGAAAUUUUGGAGUUCUGUAGUGAUGCUGGCAUUGAGGUUAAGCAAUAUCUUCCCAAUCACACAACACAAGAAGAUUGGUCAAACCAUUUUGGUGCUAAAUGGGUUACAUUCUUAGAAAGGAAACGUCAGUUUGAUCCAAGAAUGAUUCUAUCACCAGGGCAGAAAAUCUUCGACAAACAAUUACAACAAGCAUUUUAAAUAUUUUAAUUCCAAUUCCCCUAAUAAAUAAAACAAGUAAAUUGUUAUGGUGGGACUACCUUAAUUAGAUGGCUAGCUAGGCACAUGGUUUUGUACAUACUACCAAGAGUAUGUUUUUGCUGUAAAAUUUAAUGUGGGGUUAUAAUUAAAGUGGCUUUGGCGUCUAUCAUGCUACAUACUUAUAUAUCUUAGAUAUGUUAGGUUGACAAAGUCGUAUGUACAAGGAGCACAGUUGUCUCUUGCAUUAAUUGUCUGUCACCCAACUUGCUAGGUAGAUAAGGAUCGUAUUGAAGAUGUUCCAAUUAAGGAGUUUUAAGGGCUUUGUCUUUCUUUAUAUGAAUGAUUACUUUUGUACUGGGGCAAACAUAUAAAUGAUUUUU